AUGGCAAUGGAGCUGCGUUUGGUGAUGUUGUGUGCGCUGGCCUUGGUGAACGGUGCAGCCAGUGCUGUGACCUUUGAACAUGGGGUGACAGGCCUAGUCGUAUGGACCAUGUCUGCGGAACCUGUGGCUGAACAGCACUUGGAUGAGAUCUCAGCUGAGAAAGGAGAAGCUAGCAAAUGUGCCAUGUGGUGUGAAACGACUGGUUGUGACAUGUACCGUUUGGAUGCGCAUCAACAAGUACGUGAUUGCGGUGUUUUAGGUAGCGCUGCAGUCCUGAGAAAAGGAACCAGUCUAGCACUUGACGUGAGUGUCAAGGCCUUGGAGUUUGAGCCCAAUGGAGUCUUAGAAAGUGCAUGCAUGGCGCAACAGAACAUGUAUGCAAUGGUGAUGGAUCAGGUGGAUCAGACGAACCCCAGGUGGACUUGUCACAAUUCCCUGUACUUCGAUGACAUCCUGGACAUCAGCAUCGACUUGGACAUCCACUACGACAUGACCUACUUCCUGGACAUUGACUUCAUCGAGGCCUACGACCAGAACUUCGACUAUGUUGUGAACUACAACCAGGACUAUGUGGACAUCCUCGAGCGCAUCGCGGAGGAGAAGUGCGGCUUCUUUGUCAACGUCUUUGACUAUGACCUUGAGCCUAUUGAGCAGUGCUUGGAGAAGUAUGCCACCAACAUCCUAUUAUGGCUGGUGGCCUUCACCCUGGACGUUCUGGACUAUGUGGUCAGGGCAUUUCUUGGUCUACUUUGUGGCCAAUCAGGAGCACUACUGGCAGUUCUGGCGAUGGUGGUGUCUGGAUUUGGCAUCCCUAUGACGAUAGCAUUGCUGCGUUGGUGUGUUUCGCCUACAAGGACCUAUGUCUGCUCAGGACUACGAAUGGUUUUCUGGAUGGCAGCAGUGCUUUGGCGUGUCACUGAAGGAGUUCAUGCAGAAGGACAGAAGGAGGAUCCGUUUGGCUAUAUAGAAGAGUGCUUGAUUGAGAUGGGAGGCCUAGAGUGCGAAGUUUUGACUAUGUUGGGAAUCACAGAGCAUGGUGUAGAAAGUAUUGGUGUUUUGUUAGAAGGAGAAGGUGAAGGUGAACAACCGUUUUGCCCUAUUUCCCAGAGGAACAGAUGGAUGUCGAAUCACCUCCUGGACUUCAACAAGAACCUGUUGGUGGACCUGAUGGAGUACCACCCAAGUAUGAAACUCAGGAAGAAACCCAGUUGGAAUGAGUUCGAAUCUACGAUGAUUUUGAGGUUACAGCCGAGUCAAAGAUCAAGGAUCUUCGGACAGCUUGCGCAUGGCUUGGUAUCUCUCAGUCUGGUGGAAAGCAGAGGCUUUUUGGGAGGAUUAGAGAAGCCCAUGUCAAAGGCCUACGCCGAGCUGCAGUGGAGAUUGCCAACAGAGAAUAUCUACAAGCUGCACAUCAAGCAGAACCAGCCCAUGUUGCAAGCCGACAGCCGAGCAGCAGGGAGAGGAUGUUGCACGAACUUACUCAUCUACCAUACCGUGAUUGGUGUCCGCAUUGCGUAG